GUGAACCAAAUUUAACGGAGGGAGUGGAUUUCAGACUUUAGGGACUAAAAAGGGGUUUUUUUAAGUAGAGGGACUAAAAAGGGGCUUUUUACCAAAGUAGAGAGAUCAAAAAGGGAUUUUAACCAUGCCUAAAAUAUCCUAGGAAGAUUACAUUAUGGAGACACAUUAACCUAAUAGGCUAUUCUUUGGGGUUCAACAUGGUGUCUAAAGCAUAAUGUAUUGUGCCUUAUUUGAGAGCUCUAACUAUGACAAGAAAACAAGAAAUAUUCAAAAUAAAAUACCAAUCAAAUGGAUAUUAGAAUUACAAAUAUUGCAAAUUGUUUUUCCUUUGUAAUGUAAUUUAGGAAUUCACUUGCAAAUUUUAGGACUUCUACCAUUACAAAAUUAAAUCUAGCUCUAGUGUAUGCAUAUCUCUCUAAUCUUUCUAGGGUUUUUGCAAUGACUACUCCACCUACAAAGUCAAAAGGUGCAGACUUAGCUGAUAACUACCAGAAGAAGACUCAUAAACUUGAAACCAUUAUGAAUUCAAAGAUAUAUACAUGAAUCAGUGAAUUUCCUUCUGAAAUAUUGAUUCUCUAAUACAUACGAUUCACUAAUAUAUGCAUAUACCUUUAAAUUCAUAAUGGUCUCAAGUUCAUUCAGUAGCUAUCAGCUAAGUUUGCCCAUUUAAAACUUUAUGGGUGAAGUAGUCAUUCUAAAAAUCUUAGGUAGAUCAAGAUUCACUAGAUUUAAUAGAGUAGAAGUCUAGCAAUUGUGAUUAGAUUCCUAAAUUUGCAUUAAAAAGGUAGCAUCUGCAUUAUUUGUAAUUCCAAUAUUUAGCUGAUUGAUGAUUUAAUUGCAAUAUUCUUUGUUUCUUUCCAAGAUUGAAAUUUCAUAGUGACAAUUAAUGAUUCAGCAAUGGGUUAAAAGGAACACAAAAACCACAAAAUUCCAAAAAUAUGGCAUCAAUGACCUUAGUUAACAACGCUGUGAUGAAAAAAAUUUUUAUGAGGGACAAGUGUAUAGUGGGUUUAAGGGCUAUUUUAGGCCAAAAUUAGAGUUGUGAACAAGGUGCCUGAACAAUGAAACAAGAGAUUAAAUGACUGAUAUAUGGAUGAAAGGGUUGGAAAACAUAAAAUAAAAGAAAGAUGAAAACCAUAGUACUCACAACUAGGUUUAGGCAUCAAACCCAACAGGUCUAAUUCCUUAAGCAUCACACAAUCUCAAAGCAUUACAGGUGGAAAAAUUUUUUUUUUUUUUAUCAUUAUAUUGACCAGACUCCAUGUUCCUAUUUGCCAAAUAUCAUAGUAAAAGAAAAAUCUUUGCUGCAAAAAAAGAACAGAAAGCCUUCUUUUGUCUUUCCCAUCAGAAGUUUUAAGUCAAUUAUCUUUCCACACCACUUGUACUGCCACAAUAACAAGCAAAGUUGCCA